AUGGAUGUCUGGCGGUGUCUUGAUUUGGACCUGAUAGGCGGAGCAGAGUUUCUUGCCUCGCAAAAGCUGGCGGCUGAGCCAAGCCCGGCAGCACGACACCUCUACGCACUCGUGCUGUACCGCCAGGGACGCUACGCUGCAGCAGCGCACACUGCGAAAGGAAGUACGCACUUGGGCUGCGCGUAUGUUUACGCUCAGAGCUGCCUCAAAUUAGAGGCCUACAGCGACGGGAUAAGUGCUUUGGAAACUGUGCGAAGCAAUGGCAUUGAGCCGUCAGGCGAGCGGGGCAUUCCAGACCGCGCAGCAGUUGAAUUACUCUUGGGGAAACUGUACGCGGCAAGCGGUGAUGAUAAUGCCUCUUUAAUGUACGCGCACUCGGCAAAGUCGGAUCCAUGGCUAUGGGAAAACGUUCUUGCGUUGUGCCAAGACCGCACCAUCAAUUUGAAUACGGCCAAUGUCUUCAAACCGCCCCCGGAUCAACCCCCACAGUUAGCAGCAUCGACUGGGUUGCUGUUUCCUCCAAAGCCAACAGGCUCUGCUUUGACACCGGCUAUCUUUUCGAAUUCCAAGUCGAAAGUGGAAGCUAGCCUUCAAUUGUUCAAAGACGCAGACAGUUCUCCUCAGUUGACCCCAGCGCGCUCGCGGGCCCCAGCCCUAGUGGAAACACCGUCGGUCAAAGAGAGCUUGGUUCCGUUCCGUCGUCGAAUUUUGAAACGUCCGCCUCUAUCUUUAGCUGACGACAGGUCCCCAAAGACUCCUUCCACGCCACUGAACCUAACUAUGCCUGGUGUGUCUAGCCGAUCGCCAUUGGGCCUAGGCGAACCAAUGCCCCCUCCGCAUGUGACCAAGCCCACCUCGCUGUCCAAUGUUGCCGAAACAAUAGCAUCAAUCUACCAGUAUCUGGCCAACUACGAAUGCAAGCGGGCCCUUGAAGCUAUUUCACAACUGCCGCAUCCCCAUCAAGCAAGCCCAGACAUGUUGGCAGUUGCUGCCCGCUGCCACUUUGAGCUGGUAGAUUACAAGGAGGCGGCGGCUAUUUAUGAACGUCUACGAAAAGUCGACCCAUAUCGACUCAAAGAUAUGGAAUAUUACUCGACCGUACUCUGGCAUCUGAAACGCGAAGCAGAGCUGGGAUUCCUUGCUCAUGAGCUGAUACAAAUUGACCGUCUCGCUUGGCAGCCGUGGGUGGUAAUGGGUAAUUCGUUUUCUCUUCAACAGGACCCCUCACGAGCAAUCGCCUGCUUCGAUAGGGCCAUACAUAUCAACCCAAAAAGUGCCUACGCCUAUACCUUGCAAGGUCACGAGUAUGUUGCAGAAGAAAAACUCCAGAGUGCUCAAGACGCUUUCAGGUUGGCACUGAGGGCAGAUCCUACCCAUUACAAUGCUUGGUAUGGUUUGGGUACUGUAUUUAUAAAGAUGGACUCGCCCAAAUGGGCAGAACAUCAUUUUGGCCAAGCUUUGCGCCUUAAUCCUAAUAAUGCUGUUCUCGUUUGCUUUAUGGGCACCUGUCUCGAAGCACAGGAAAUGUACCCCCAGGCCUUGACAUACUACAAGCGAGCCUGUAAACUGCAACCCUCCAGUGCAGUAGCCCGCUACAAGAAAGCCCAGAGCUUUAUGGCCGCACGUCUAUACCCGGCCGCCCUGGUCGAACUCAAAUACCUCCAUUCUCUGGUGCCCGAGGAGGCGAACGUGCAUUUGCUUCUCGGUGAAGUUUACAUGGAACUCAGCAAUCGAGAGCUUGCUAUCAAGCACUUGACCCAGGCUGCUGUGUUGGACCCCAAGGUAAAAGAGAGCGUGAAACAGCAGAUCGACCUUCUUGAGAAAUCGUAG